AUGCCGGAAGUAUCGCUUUUCUCUGCCGGUGUGGCAGCAUCGUCGCUGUUUCUCUUCGUGAUUUUCUACCUUCGACCAUUCAGUCCGCUCGACCCUCCCCAGCCAGUGAAGGGCAAAAGCGGUACAGUCCUUUUUGUCUCAACUGAGAAUCAUGGCCAGAUUAAUGUGCAACUGGCAGCUGUCCAAGCGCUCCUAGAGCGCUAUCCCUCCCUUGAUAUUCACUUUGCCUCUGCUCAGCCUGUGGCAAAGCUACUUCACCGUAUUUCAUCAUCGGUUCGCAAGACAAGCGCCUCAUUCGGGAAAGUCACAUUUCACGAUCUCCCGGGCCUGUUACCUAUGCAGGUCACCAUGCAACGACAGUUCGGACCUGAAGUCAUGAAGCAUUUCCGACAUGAGCCUGGGGCAAAGGGCUCCAAGCAGCUGAACAAAAUAGCUCAGGCUUCCAUGGCUCCAUGGACGACUGAAGAAUACGUUAGGAUAUACAACCAGAUGACGAACCUAAUUCACGAAGUUGAUCCCGCUCUUGUUGUCCUGGACUUCGCAUUCCGCCCGGCGAUUGCCGCUACACACAAGAGCAAUCGAGUACAUACGUUCCUCACGCCAACAUCGCUGAUCGACAUGCUUCCAAUGGUUCAGCCUCAAGCUAGUAUACUCUGGAAGUACCCAGUGGUGGGCACCGAUUUCCCAUUCCCGCUCCCAUGGAGGAAGGUCCCAGAGAACAUCUACGUGGCUGUACGAGCGCUGCUUAGCUUUGCGUUUAUGGCCGAUCUGGCUGAAACAAAAAAGCAAAUUGCACAGUGCGGAAUCGACAAUGCCUUUGGUCCACUGAACGGCACCCAUACGUCGUGGAUCAUGCAGAACAUGCUUCAAGCAGGUCCUACAGUCGACCCUAUCCCCGAUAAUGUCGUCUGUGUCAACCCAAUUGUGUUUGCUAUGGUACCAGCCAUUAAGCAAGAUCCUGAACUCGUCAGCUGGACACGAAGAACACCCACUGUGUUAAUCUGCCUCGGGAGUCUUUUUGAAUAUGAUCUGCAACGCACGGAGAUCAUGGGGCAGGCGAUCAAGGAGCUGUUGAAAAGGACCGAUGUGCAAGUGUUGUGGAAGUUCGGACAAGAAAACCUCAUGGAUGAUGCCAAAGCAGUUCUGCAGGAGUACAUAGACCAGGGCCGCGUGCAAAUAUACAAGUGGCUCAGUGCAAACCCGGUAUCUUUACUGGAAACAGGCCAUAUUGUAGCCUCUGUGCACCAUGGAGGAGCCAACAGCUACAACGAAGCUCUAUCGGCUGGUGUCCCACAGGUCAUCGUUCCAAUGUGGACUGAUCUGUUCAAUCACGCUCAGCGGGUGGAGGACAUCGGGGUCGGUAUUUAUGCUACCCGAGGCACUGCCCCUGAAUGGACAGUGAACGGACUGAGCAAUGCUUUCCUGAAGGCAUUGGAUGGGGAGAGACGAGCGUAA